CGUGAUGCGGUCAGUAAUUUUCAAGAUGGCGGUCAGACAACCAACAAUAACAACAUAGAGAAGAGAAAACGGCGAUCGCGACCGUCUGCUUCUGUUUUGUGAUUUGAUCUCCAAACAGUGACCGUUGCCAUGGAAACGGAUGGUGAUGGUGAGGAUGAUGUUGCCAUGGCGACAGCCCCAGUGACAGUGAUGGAGGUGAUGAGUGAGACGGAGUCGUCAGGUGUGCAGCUUAGUGAUGACACAGACUCAGGACAACACCCCAAUGACAGUCCUGUCAGGACAUCUGUAGGAGAUGAAGGCAUCGCCAUGGAGACCAGGGAAGGUCCAGUAACGAUCCAGGUGGAGGAUGGGGAGGCUAGCGAGGAGGAAACCUCGUUUAUGACUCCAGCUAACGAGGAUAGCAGACAAGAAGAGUACCCCCCAGAGCGCCUGUCCACCCCCCUGCCCCUCCGCCCCCCCUCCAGCCUCCCUGGCUCCGGCCGAUCCACCCCCCUAGGAAACAUCCCCCUGGAGGACCUCACCGAUGUGGAAACCCCCCGUUCCUCCCCCCGUAGGUUAGCCCCCCUGUCCCCCCCUGAGUACCAGACCCUGCCCCUGGCCCCCCUCAGGCAGGAGCUGAGGCCGGCUACAGCAGCCAGUGUUAGCCUGGUCACAGUCACAGGUGCAGGUGCAGAGGACAGUGCAGCUCCUAGUGACCAGCCUCCUUCGUAUCACGAUGUUCUACCUUCUUAUGAGGCAGUCAUGGCACAAGGAGAAGAACCUCUUGAGACAUGGAGGCUCAUGGGAGUCCGUCCCAGUCAGGUUGUCAUGGAAACCAGCUUUGGACCAACCAUAUCCACUGCUGUGUCAGCUCGCAGGACAGACCUUCCAGAAAACACCCCCCAGACAGAGCCCGAGAUCACCUCCACAGAUCUAGAUGUGGAGGUCGCAUCACCCCGGCAGCCCGAGCGAAGAUUCCCGUGGCUGACGCGCCGUGUGAAGGGCCUGGGGCUGAGCGUGCGGACACUGCUCAUCAGCCUGUUUGUGGGGUUGUGCGCUCUACUACUGGUGGGACUGCUGCCGCCCAGCUUCUCUUAUGUGGACUACUACCAUUAUGGCUUGACGAAACAGAGGACCACAGGCGCAGUUAACACGAAGGUGGUAUACGGCCCAGGGCGCCACGUGAUCGGACCUGACUUUGAGUUCAAACUCUUCCCGCGCGGGGCACACAUGGUGCGGCUGAACGACCUCGCCAUCUUCACCUCUGACCUGCUGGAGGUCAUCAUCAACUGCUCCUUCCAGCAUUUCCUCAGGAAAGAUGAGGUCGGCCUGCUGCAUGACAAGUUUGACCUUGACUACGAGCCCGUGCUGUACCGGGUUGCGUACAGCACCAUCAAGGAGACAGCGACCUUGUACAGCACAGAAAACUUCAUGAGCAGCCGGCCGGAGAUAGAGGCAGCGUUCCUCCAGGCACUACGGGACAGGCUACAGGGUGACUGCUGUACAGGAGACAACUCCACCCAGCCUGCGUUCUGCCGCCCCCCUCCCGACUGUGACAUGGGCUAUCACACCGACGUGCGCUACUUUCAACUGCUCUCCGUAACCCUCCCCGCACAGAUAGUGGAACUGUCCAUGACGGCACUGACCUUGCAGAUAGAUGCAGAGAAGGAGCAGUUCAUUCAGGACAACCGCGUGACGAGGAAGGUGACAGAAGCCAUGCGGCAGAGCAUCCUGAACCAGGCCGACCAGAUCCGGGCUAACGGGACGGCGCGCGCCGGGCUGGUCCUAUCACGGGCGUACGCGCAGAGCAACCAGACAACCGAGAUGUCGCACAUCAACGGGCUGCAGCUCAUGUACGAGAACCUUAACAUUACUGAGGAGGAGGAGAAGGCUUCACUGCACUGGAUACGGACUUUAGAGAAACAUCCGAGACUGUACACUGGCAUCAGUUUUCAGGACUUUGUUAGAAUUACACAGAGAACCCAACCAUAAAGGAUUUAGCUCAUGUACGAGAACUUAAAUAUUACUGAGGAGGGGGAGAAGGCUUCACUACACUGGAUACGGACCUUAGAGAAACAUCCGAGACUGUACACAGGGAUCAGUUUUCAGGACUUUGUUAGAAUUACACAGGGAAAUCAACCAUAAUGGAUGAGAACCUUAACAUUACUGAGGAGGGGGAGAAGGCUUCACUACACUGGAUACGGACUUUAGAGAAACAUCCAAGACUGUAUACAGGGAUCAGUUUUCAGGACUUUGUUAGAAUUACACAGGGAAAUCAACCAUAAUGGAUGAGAACCUUAACAUUACUGAGGAGGGGGAGAAGGCUUCACUACACUGGAUACGGACUUUAGAGAAACAUCCAAGACUGUAUACAGGGAUAAGUUUU